AUGUCUACCGCUCAGUAUGCCACAGACCAACCAGCGGGCUUCAAGAAUCGUAUCGAGAAGGUCGCUAUUGUGGGGGCCGGCGGCACUAUUGGCAGCUUCUUCACCAAAGAGCUCCUUAAGACAGGAAAGCAUACUGUCACUGCCUUGACGCGCACUGGCAGCAAGAGCACACUGCCAGAGGGCGUCAAGGUCGCCAACAUCGACUACGAUAAUCACGAGUCUAUUGUGACUGCUCUGCGUGGAAAUGACUUCCUCAUCGUCACACUAAGCGUGCGAGCCGCUCCAGAGGUGUCUGGCAAGCUUUUUGCAGCGGCUGAGGCUGCCGGUGUUGAAUACGUUAUGCCCAAUGCCUACGGGCCAAACCCGCACAACACGCUUAUGUAUGAAGAUAUGGGAUUUGGCAGCGUGUUCCGCACCGCCUGCGCUGAGAUAGCCAAGAGGAACCUCAUUCCCGUCAUAUUAUCCUGCGGUUUCUGGUAUGAGUUUAGCCUGACAGGCGGCACGUCGCGUUUUGGUUUCGAUCUGGCCAACCGCAAGGCCGUGUUCUUCGAUAACGGCGAUGUCAAGACGUACACGAGCACGUGGCCCCAGUGCGGCCGCGCUGCUGCAGCUCUGUUGAGCCUGCCAAUCCUGCCAAAGGACGCGGCCGACAAGUCACCCACCCUGUCGACAUACGCAGGGACAAACAAGUCGGCGUAUAUUUCGUCGUUUCACGUCAGCCAGAAGGACAUGUACGAGUCCGUCAAGCGCGUCAGCGGAACUACGGAUGCAGAUUGGACGGUCUCGCACGAGCCGACCAAAGAGCGGCACGCCAAUGCUGCAAAGGCGCUCCAGUCGGGCGGCGGAGUCAAAUUGGACGGCGUGUCUGAGCUCACUGCCCAAGAAGCAUUUGCUACCCUGAUGUACACCCGCGUCUUCUUCCCUGGUGGCGACGGCCUCAAGGAUGUCGAUAUCGCCAACAAGGCAUUAGGCCUGCCCCUGGAGGAUAUUGAUAUUGCGACCAAAGAAGCAUUCCGCAUGGUUAGAGACGGCGACCUGGACACGUAUAGCCAAUGA